AUGAAGCAUCAUGACCUCAUGUUUAAGUUCCCCCGCAGGGCGGGAAUGUCCAUGCUAGCAUUUAUAAUCCGCUUGUCGCUCAUCAAUUCAUCUUCCAAGUUUUUCUUUUUUGGUUUCUAUAGUGACUCGUAUCCGCGUAAAUUCUCCAAGUUCCUCUUUAUGUCUGAAAUUCGAACAUACUCAAUCUCCGUCUCGGAUGAUGCCCUACAGCAGCUUCAGCAGCGUCUGGCCUGGGCAAAGCUUCCAUCGCAGCUGGAGCCUGGACUCCAGGAGGAUCAUUGGGACUUUGGUGUUCCAGUUUCCGAAAUACGACGGCUGGUUAAUUACUGGAAAAACGGGUUCGAUUGGCGAAAGGCAGAGUCUCAGCUCAAUGAGCUCCCGCAAUACCAGACUAAAAUUGACGUAGAGGGGUUUGGUGCUUUGGACAUCCAUUGUGAGGAAAUCGAUCUCAAUCCCGUCUCGAGGCACUAUAACUCACAUGGCACUAUGAUGUGGCAGUCAUUCAUCAAGGCCGGGUUCGUUUAUCGAGGUCAUAAAGCUUCUCCCCUGUUGAAGGGGAAUGACAGCGAGCCAGCAUUUACCGUGGUGGCCCCUGAUCUCCCCAAUUUUGGGUUCUCACAGGGUGUACAAAAGAGAGGCUUCGGUUUAGGUCAAUACGCCGAAGUCCUCAAUAAGCUUAUGCUCAAGCUUGGAUAUGCCCAAUAUGUAACGCAAGGCGGUGACUGGGGGUUCUGGAUCACCAGGUGCCUUGGGUUGCUCUUACCCGAUCAUUGUAAGGCCUCGCACAUGAAUAUGGUGGAAGCAACGGCUCCGACAUUCACUUCCAGCCCUUUCCUUGCCGUGAAGCAUGCGAUCAUGCCAUACAGUGACCAUGAAAAGAAACGUCAAGAGAGGAGGGCUUGGUUUCGCCAGGAAGGAUCCGGCUACAACAAACUACAAAGUACGAAGCCGCAGACCAUUGGCUUCGGGCUCUCUGAUAGUCCAGUUACUUUACUUGCGUGGAUUUACGAAAAAUUGCACGACUGGACCGACUCAUAUCCAUGGACCGACGACGAGAUAUUGACGUGGAUCUCCAUCUAUUGGUUCUCUGUUGCUGGACCCGAAGCGAGUGUCCGCAUUUACUAUGAAUGUCACCACCCGGAAUCUGUCGGGGGGAUAUAUCAUCCUCGACUGAUGGAAUACAUCCCACAUGUGAAAUUUGGGUUCGCUCAUCUUCCGCGAGAAAUCAACACCGUCCCCCGUGUCUGGGCGUCGACCCUCGGAGAGGUGGUGUUACAAAGCGAACACGCGGCUGGCGGUCACUUUGCAGCGUGGGAAGUGCCCAGUGUGUUAGCGGCAGAUCUUUCGACGAUGUUUCGUCCAGGCGGACCGUGCUUUGGGCUCGUGGCCUCUAGGAGUGGCUUGGAACCUAGGAGUGGCUUGGGGCUGAACGGGGACUCGUAA